AUGAGUUUGAAGCUUAUGGAGAAUUGCGAUUUUACUUCUAGAAUUAUAGAAGAACCUUCAAACGACGAGAGUUGCAAGAGCAAGAACAAGAAAACAAAGACAAAUAGGGAAAGAUCAAACAAGCCAUCAAAGAAACUAAAGAAGAAAAUCAGCAACAAGGCGGAACUCCCCUUGGCGUUUAAAGAAAAGAUUGAACAAAUGGAGAAGUGGAAAAUGGAGACCGCUGAAGUCUACAAUAUCACAGAUGGAUGGAACAAACUUGUAGCAGAUAACAAUUGGAAAAAAAGGCCAAAAGGUGUUGGUGCAACUUUGAUCUUUCAGACGCAACCACAAGCUCUAUUUUGCACUCGCCAAGCUUUCAAAAGACGAGUAGUGAAGUUUUUUUAUGGUGAAAGACUUUACAUUUCUUUAAAGAAAAUUUUCUUUAUGGAGUGUUUUUGA